GUGAAAUGUGAGUUCUGGGAAGACAUGGGGGCCAGACAGACACAGGGGCCCUCUUCUGACAAGGAAGGAACCUUUAACCUGCCAAUCACGUCACUCCUCUGUCAAUAGCUGUUUAAUCCUCUGCUGAAAGCUGGUAGGUUGCAGGAUCUUGAAAGCAGACAGGAGGUUAAAGGUGGAGUGAAUGACAAUCCCACCCCCGGACAGCGAGAGCAUUCGCCAAUCGUCCCGGCAUAGUUGGCUGAGAGAGCAGAUACGGUGCUGCAGAUCGAGGUGUGAGACUCUACAGUUCCCUGCCCAUGCGCCCAAACCCUGACGGCAAGAGACUGCCCUCUACUGGGUUUGAUGGUGACAACAUGUACAUGAAUGAAAACAACCAUGAGUUCCUCCCGCCAAACCAGAGCUACACAGGUCAGACCGGCGGCGGCGGGGGAGGAGGCGGCGGCGGCGGCACGGGCAGUGGGAACGGAGCCGGGGACGAGGACUACGAGAUCCCCCCCAUCACUCCGCCCAACCACCCCGAGCCUCCUCUUCUUCACCUGAUGGAGCACGACUCCACAGGCUACCUCUGCCACUCGCUGCCACACAAUGGGCUCAUCAACCCGUACUCCUACCCAGAGCUGCCCACACUCAUGAUGUCGAACAUGCUGGCGCAGGACGGCCACCUCGUCUCCAGCCAAAUGCCCUCGAUGCAGGAGAUGGCUUUGCACCACCACCAACAGCAACACCAUCACCAGCACCCCGACGGCUCUCAUUAUGACCCCGCCCGUAACCACCCCCUGAUAAACAGCUCACCUUCGAUACUGCCCAACCCCAUGAGCGCACUGACCCAGCUAAACCCUCAGGUCAGCCGGAGUGCACUGCCUCAUGGUUCCCCCUCACCUCCCGGAAGUAAAUCGGCCACACCUUCCCCCUCGAGCUCCAAUCAGGAAGAGGAGACUGAUCCUCAUUCGAAGAUGGUCUUCCAGAUCACGGGCGAGAAGCGGCCGUCUUCAGAGAUGAUGAAGCCCAAGCCCAAACCCCAGAAGAAGAAGAAGAAGAAGGACCCCAACGAGCCCACAAAGCCCGUGUCAGCCUACGCCUUGUUCUUCAGAGACACCCAGGCAGCCAUUAAAGGACAGAAUCCCAACGCCACCUUCGGAGACGUAUCCAAGAUAGUAGCCUCCAUGUGGGACGGACUGGGAGAGGAGCAGAAACAGAGCUACAAGAGGAAAACAGAGGCUGCUAAGAAGGAGUACCUGAAAGCCCUGGCCGCCUACAGAGCCAGUCUGGUUUCCAAGACAUAUAAUGAUCCCGUGGAGUCAAAAAGUGCCCAGACGAGCCAGGCUUCUCCACACAUGAUGCCAGCCAACCCGCCCCUGUACAGUGUGCCACCUCCCCCCCAGCCUUCGUCGCCCUACCUGGGCCCCGGGGCCUUCCCACUCGCCGACCUGCAGAGCUACGCAGGACACGCCCCUCGCCACGCGCUGUCGCAGACGCUCAGCCAAUCGCAGAUGCUGCCCAGCAUUAGUGCCUCUCCCCCUUCCUCCUUCCAGAUCAGCCCACCCCUUCACCCCCACCAGCAGCUCUCCCUGCACCAGAGCUCGCUCCUCAACCAGCCUAUCCGCAUGCAGCAGGUCCAGUCCCAGCCAAUCAUCUCUCACCAGAUGGGGCUGCAGGCCUCUCUUCACUCCCCACCUCCUGGGCAGCAGGGUUUUUCCCACCUCCAGUCAGAGUAUCAGAAGAGCAUUGGGGGUUCCCAGUCUCCAGGAGCCCCUGGCCCUGGUCCAGGCCCUGGAGUGGCUCAGAGCCAUGACUGGGACAGUGAAUACUGCAAUCGGGAGUGUGGCAACCACUGCAGUGGCAGCAUGAUUGGCAGGGACAAGCCACUCUACCUCACCUGAAAACUGAAGAUCAUGCUCUGUAGACAAAUACGACACCGGGGAGUCUACUCUCACCCAACCCCUGCAUCCCCAUCUCCCCCCCGCCUCACCCCUUCCCCCCCUCGCAACCCUCUCCUGACACACACACACACACACACACACACACACACACACACACACACACGUACAUACAGGUCACACUUUACAUGCUGUACAAUUACAUAAACUCACACAGACGAAAAAGACACACACACAUUCCACCUCCCGAACACCACCACCGCCACCCACCGCCACCUUUUUUUGUCAAUGUAAAUCUUCUUUCUCUCAGUUUCUAGAAGAACUUGUGACCAGAGUUUUUUGACUAGAUGACUGCUGUCUGUACCACUUAAUGUAUUAGCAGUCCUCUUGCUGUUUAAAAAGAUUUGCCAAGCACUUAUGAAGUCGCCCCCCCCUCCCCUGCCCUCCCCUCCCUCCUUCCUCCCACCCCUUCCUCUCUGAGUUGUGUUUUCUCCGCCCAGGCCGGGCUGUAGAGCACUCAUCUUCUGUGUCACCAUCAGAGUCCCCCCUCAGGGACCACCAUCCAGCUUUAAUUAGAAUGAGAAGAAAACAAAAUACUCUUCCUCUUCUUCUUUAAUUAUUUUAAUUUCCUUUGUGUUUUUUUAUUUUUAUUUUUUAUUAUAUAUUUUUUUUUUCCUUUUUGUUGUUGUUGUUGUGCUGUUUUAUUUAUUUCUGGCUUGCGAAGUUGUUCCUCUUUUCUUUUCUAUUUUUUUUCUUUUUUCUUUUUUUUUUUUUUUGCCACUAAGCGUCGGGCCCUGUACUGUAGAGAAAAAAUAUUAACUUCUAGUAGGUUCAGCGCAGGCUUAGAUGUUAUGGUAGCUUUGCUUAAGGGCCUGCAAAUGAAUACAAAAAAAAAAAAAAAAAAAAAAGCUUGGGGUUGGGAGGGGGAAAAACAAAAGGAAAAAAAUAAUCUUUUUUUAAUAUUAAAGACCUGUUGAGGUCUGCUGAACUGUCACAGUGUGAUUGUAAAUAUCACUUUUAUGGGAUCAAAUUGGGAAUUGGAGGUCCAGAUAGAUUUGUUUCUUCUUUAAUAUUACAUGUAAGUCAUUCUGUGCGCGUGUGUGCGUGCAUGUGUAUGUGUCAUGUGUGUGUGUGUGUGUGUUUGUGUAUAUACGCCUGGACGUUAGAAUGUACCCCAUUCACGACGUGCACAGCUGAGCGUGUAUGUGUGUGUGCGUGUGCGUGUGCUUGCGUGCGAGGGUGUCUCAGUGUUUCGAGUGUCGAGUCUUUCUCGUGAAUUUUAACAGCCCUGUGCAGCUGGAUUUCUGAGGAGUAUUUCACACUCUCGUUCUUGCAUUAAAUCUGUGCUCACUGGUGUGUUUUUUUCCAAUAAAGUUCAAUCUAAAAACUGAAUACACAAUAUGUGUCCUGCAGAUCAUUAAAUGGAAGGAGCCAGGUGAGAGAUAGAGAGGAAAGAGAUAGAAAGAGAGAAAGAAAACGCUGUGAGAUAAAAUGAAAUAUGGAAAGAGGAAAAAAAAAAAAGAUAUUGCCUCAAAACGCCCUCCUCCCCCUCCUCCUCCUCCCUCCUCCCUCCCAUCCCCCUUCCCCGCUUUUUCUUAUUUUGUCUGACCAUAAUGUCAAUUCUGUCUCCUCGACAUGCAGAAGUGAAGUAAUGAAACAUGUGAAUGGAGCCAUCACAUCCACAUUACGGUGAUUUUUAUAAGUUUCUAGUUGGUGUUUGGUUGUGUUGAUCUCAUCUUUUUAACUCUUUUGUGUGAUUAACAGAAAUGCAUUUUUUGCUGACAAAGACAUCUGUAUUUAUCUCUUUACUGUAGCAUAAUUUCAGUUUUUCGUUGUUACAGAACUAUAACAUUUUAAGUUGUGUAAAAAAAGAAAAAAAAACUUGAAAAAAAAACCUAAAAAAAAAAACAACAACCUGCCAAUUGUAGUUAUUUUAUUUGUAAAGCCAGUAAUGAUAAAUAUUUUAAAUGGUUAUCAAUAUAUUGUUUUUCCGCUAGUUGCCCAUCAGCCAUUUGACAGGUUUUCUUAUUUAUGAGAGAAAUUAGAUCACUCUUUGCUUCUUACAAUGGAGGUGUAUUUUUUAAUUCUUUAUUUUAUUGUUUUUAUUUUGCCCCCUCUUCUGGUUUGAUAAACAUGAUGAAGACCACAACAAUGAUUUUUUGUUUGUUUGUUUGUUUCUUUUUUUUUUUUUUUUACAUUUUUGGAUGCUGCUCCUCUUUUCCUUGCCAGCAGCAUCUGUUUGUGUCACAACGCUUCUUUUAUUUCAAACCUGCAUAAUAAAAAAAAAGUUUAAAAGUGA